AUGGAAAUCAAGAAAAAUGACAUGGAAGAUAAAAAGGGAAUACAAAAUAAUCAUGUCUUCUCAGUGCUUUCAAUUGCUAUAGCAAUACCAUUGUCUAUGUCUUUUUGGAUUAUAAACAUAAUUUACUCAAAAUUAUUUCAGAGUGAAGGUUUUGAUGAUUUCCCUGUGAUAUCUCCUGGCAGAUGGCUAGCAUCAUGUUUAAUACCAAUACCAAUAGCUGUUUAUGGCUACAAGAGAAGAACUUUGAAUCUCAGUGGGGCCUUACUUGCCCUUGUUGUUGGUUUUAUUCUUGUUCUAUCUAACUAUUGCUUUGUAAUUAUAUUAUUGACAUUUUUCUUUACCUCAUCAAAGGCAUCUCACUUUCGUCCACAUCUAAAACGGAAAUUUGAAGAGGACUUUAAAGAAGGUGGCGAGAGAACAUGGGUUCAAGUACUGUGUAAUGGAGGAAUGGCUACUCAGCUUGCACUUCUGUAUUUAAUUGAUGUUGGGUCUUCUGAGCGACCUAUUGACUUUAUUAAAGACUAUCGAGCAUCAUGGUUGAGUAUGGGAGUACUUGGAGUACUCGCUUGCUGUAAUGGAGACACAUGGGCCUCAGAAUUAGGCACAGUUUUAUCUAAAUCUGACCCAUAUUUGAUUACUACUUUUAAGAAAGUACCAAAAGGAACAAAUGGAGGAGUUAGUUUAAUUGGAACUGUUUUAAGCACUGUUGGGGGACUUGUAAUAGGAAUUGCACAUUAUUUAUCUAUUUUAUAUUUUGCUGAUACAAACAUACUUACAUAUGCACCUCCUCAAUGGCCUAUUAUUAUCUAUGGAGGAAUUAGUGGCCUCAUUGGAAGUGGUAUUGAUUCACUUAUGGGGGCAACUAUGCAGUAUAGUGGUGUUGAUAAAGCGGGUAAAAUUGUAUCCCACUCAAGUAUGUCUAUAAAACAUAUAAGCGGAAAAAACAUUUUGGAUAAUAACAGUGUUAAUUUAAUUUCAACAAUUAUUAUGGGCUUGAUGAUUCCUACAAUAAGUAAACAAUUUUGGCCAAUAGUUUAA